AUGUUUGGUGAAAAGUGUGUUCACACUGAAAAUCCGCAAAUGUUGACGGAUCAAGUUAUUAAGCAAAGUGAGCUUGUAAUUGAUACAACACGUGCAAAAACCGAUCAAUGUAAAAAAGAAACCGAGUAUCGUCUAAAGGAGCGUUUAAAAAAUAUCCAAUUUUUGACCGAAGAGAUUUCUUGCAAGAAAAAGGAAGUAACGAUCGAAGAAGAAAUGGUAAAAUCAUACUGCAAGCGAUUAAUCAAUGCCAUCAAAUUCAUCCGUGAUAUUCUGGAGAAAAAUCAAAAACAGUAUACAAUUUUGAGUGAAGAUUGUCACAAAGUUCCAAAAAAUAACGAUCAUGUGUUGCGAGAGUUAACAUAUGAAAGAGCUGCUCUGCAAGCGAGCUACGAGAAAUUAGACACAGUUUUGAUGCGACUGAUUGAAAAGUCGAGACUUUUACGAACGGUCAUCCAUGCGCUGGACAGUGAAUUGAUGCGGAAAAGUACGUCGCUGGAAAUUGACAGGAAUAAUUUGGAUUUGCGAACAAAAUUCACAGCAAUGGACUUUGAUUUGGAGAAACGAAUGCAGUCCGAUCCAGUAGUCACAACCCAAGAUGAAUGGGAGCAUUUAACCCAUACCCUUUUACAAAAUUCGUCCAAUGAAGUAGCGUCAUCGAAGCAAUUACGUUCCUUCACCGAGAUUUCGUUGAGCCGAACAUUCGAAGAUAUAUCGAAGCAAGUAAAUCGCACCACCGAACAGUUUUGCAAGCGAAUCGGUGACACAACGUAUUCCAAGUGCGCAUUGGAAGAGCAACAGAAUCAAACCCAACUGAAAAUCAACGAUAUCAAGAAAAAUUUGAUUAAUUUACAAACCGAGUUGGAAGCAAAAGAGAAGUUUUUAGUAUUGUGUAAGAAUCGACUGGAAAAUCGGGCACUACGUCCCGGCACAGAGCUUUGCAAAGAUCGAGUCCAUGAAACACUGGUCAAUGAACUGCAUACACUUCAAGAGACCAUACAUCAUUUGCAACAUAUGAUUAAGAAAUCGAUUGAAACUCAACGUCAUUUAUUCCAAACGAAAUUCAAACAAGACGAAGACAUGGGCCUUCUUACCCAUCGACUACAAAUUGAUGAUGUCGAUUGCAUGACCAUUAGAAAUUCCAUUGAGUUCACGACAUUUUGA